AAAUAAAACAAUGAAAAUAUAGCAAAAUUAAUAAAACACUGAACUAAACAAAAUAUUAAAACAUCUCGACAUUUUGAGCCGAAGUUGGGAAGGAAGCGAGGUGGCGAGGCUGUCAUUUUGUAAACACGGGAAGGAGGCAGGAAAUUUUUAUAAUGGCUACCCUGGAGGACCGUAUUUUAGGGGAGAAGCUUCACUACUACUGCAGCAGCUCGGAGGAUGAGGAAGAAGAAGAAGAGGAGGAGGAGGAGGAAGGGGGAAAGAAGGAAGCACCAGGAGAGGAGGAAGUCUUGCCCCCGCCGGAGAGAGGGGGAUGGGAGGGGUCUUCUACUAAUACGGGUCCCAAGGGUGUGCUGAAGGACUGGCAGCGGUACAAGCAGCUGGAGGCGGAGCGACGGAUGGACCAGGAGAGGGAACGGUUGGUGCUGGCUAAGAAACUCGCUAUGUCCUGCCGAUCCCAUCUGGAUGACGAGAAGGAGAAGGAGGAGAAGAAGAAGAGUGAAGAAGAGGAUGAGGAGGCGCUACUGGAGGAGGCCUUCCUGCGCCAAUACAUUUCAAAGAGGAUGGAAGAGAUGAUGGCAAAGACUAACAAGAGGGCAACCUUUGGGCGCCUCAUCCACCUGGAGAGCUGCGAUGCGUUCCUGGAUGCGAUAGAUAAGGAGAGCAAAGAUGUGACAGUUAUCAUCCAUAUCUUUGAGAAGGGUGUGCCAGGGUGCAGUGCCAUGACAGGGUGCCUCGGGUGUGUGGCGCAGGAUUACCCCCAUGUCAAAUUCUGUACUCUGCCGGCAUCUGUGGCAGGGGUCAGCGCCAAUUUUAAAGCUGGAGGUUGCCCGGCACUGCUGGUGUACAGGGCAGGGCAGCUGGUGGGGAACUUUGUGAGACUGACAGAUGAGUUCUCGGAUGACUUCUAUGCGACGGAUGUGGAGUCCUUCUUGAUCGAACACGGCAUUCUGGUGGACCGCUCCCUCAUUCCUCCGGGCAUCCGUGGGCCUGCUGAUGGCAGCGACGAUGAUGGCGACAGUGACUUCAGUCUGGACGAUUAGAGUGUGUGUGUGUGUUUGUUUGUAUGUUGGGUUCUCCGAGUUGUUGUCUUUAAGUUGUUUUUGUCUUUCUCUCCUUUCUUCUUAUUCUUUUAGGAUCUAAUUCUUCUAUUUUUUUUCCCUUUAUUUUUUGCCUUCCUCAUCAAGCCUUUUUGUAUUCUUUAUUUUUACAUUAUCUAUCGUCGUCUUCUCUUUUCUUGACCUUUUGUUGCCGUUUGUCUCUAAGUUCUCAUCAUCUCUUUUCUUCACCUUUUGUUGCUGUUUGUCUAAGUUCUCAUUCAAUUUGUUUUUCUCAUAAAUUCUAAGUUGUAUGGACCAUUUUAUACCUGAAAUACACUUGUUACUCCCUCUCUCAUCACUAGCAGUAUGAAAGAUGUGUGGAAUAUCAAACAGUUGUGAGUAAAUUGAGUGUAAUAGGACAGAAUUGUGAAAGAUCCAUAUGAAGAUUGGAUUAAGCUUUAAGAGCAUUGUGAGAUAAAACUUGAAAGAUUGUGUAAUAUGAAAUUUUUAAGAUGUGUGUGUGAUACGAGUUUGUGAAAAGAAGAAGAGGUAUUUUAUUUUACGUGUGUUUGUGAAUUUAUGACAGGUAUUUUGUGUGUAUCGAUAGGACUGUAUGGUUGUAAGUAUGUGUGUUGUAAGUAUGUGUAUUUUGUAUGUGUGCAUGUGUAUUAAAAGGAAUUGUAUUGACAGGACCACUUGGUUGUAAAUAGAAAGAUGAGAGAGGGAGGAAGUUGCAGUUGUAGCCAUGUAUGAUAGAUUUGUAAGAUUUCCUCACUUAAACAGACUAAACUUGUGGUGGUGUGGAGGGAGAG